AUGAAAGAUUAUAUUGGAUACGCUUAUGCUUUUACUAUUGGUUUAGGAGGAGUCUUUGGAUUUUUGAAAGCCGGAAGUACAAGUUCUUUGGUGGCCGGGUUGACGUUUGGUUCUUUAGCUGCAUAUGGUGCACAUCGAGUCAGCAACAAUUCAAAAAACGUUGGUCUAGCUUUGAUUGUUUCGGUUUUGUUGCUUGUUGUGAUGAGUUCCCGUUUUUACAAAAGCGGAAAAGUCAUGCCUAGUGGUGUUGUCGCUAUUCUCAGGUGA